GAAUCCAGACCAGAGUUUCAGUCCCUCUUUUUUUUUUCUCUCUCUCUCCUCUUUCUCUCACCCCCCUCUCGCCUCUCUCACACCCCCCUCUCCUCUCUCCUCUCCCUCUCCCUUUCACUAAUUUAUCCCGAUGUUAGCACAUUCUGUCUUGUUACAACCGGACGCCUGUAGGUUUGUUCAUUGGGAUCAUUACUUAACUGAUCAGGAUGGCCCUGGAAUAUCUUUUUAAAGGAGAGACGUGAUUGAAGUGGUGUCAAGAAAAAUAAUACAACUUUUUUCCUACAGAUUUUUUUUUUUUUAUUGGAUGGCAUUAUAUUUCGGACAUGGGUUGCUGGUUUAGAUUGUGACAUAAUUUCUCCUUGUCUGCUAUGUGAAUUCUAAUCUGCAUGUUUUAAACUACAAGAAGUGAAUUACAGGCAGGAGAGAAGACAAUUUUUCAUGUUUUUUAUUUUUCUAUUUUUUUCAAGUGCUAACUGAGGAAAUUGUGGAUUACAUGACUUACCCUGUAGUCGAGGUACAGUACAUGACUUGUUUACUCCCUGAACAUUUUUGGUGUUUAAAAAUGAGGCAUGGAGUUUGUACUGAGCUUGCAGGAUUUUAUCUUGAUGUAAAUAUUAACUAAAAUAACAACACAGGAGUGGGAAAAAGGAGGUGUAAUUGAAUUAAAUAAAAUUGCAUUUGGACAGUUUUUGGGAUAUACAUCACACGAGAAAAAAAAGACAAGAGGAAACAUUUCCUGGGAAUACAGUGGUUUGUGCUAUUCUUUUUUGGAUUUAUUUUUUUAUUAUUUCAGACUAUAGGAUAGCAACCCAACUGAGCUAAACGAAUGUCCUCUUUUCUACAUAAAGAAGUUCAUUGGAAUUUAAUGCCACAAAUCUCAUCUUCAGGAUGUCAUUGAGUACGACUUCUAUAGGGAAAGGUUUGGAUCCUAACGCAGUUGAUGUGUAUGACAGUGGGGAUGACUGGGAAAUUGGUGUUGGUAAUUUAAUCAUUGAUUUGGAUGCUGAUUUGGAAAAAGACAGACAGAAAUUUGAAAUGAGCAACUCUACCAACAGUGGUUGUGUUUCAAAGGACAGUGGACAUGGCUUGUCAUCUAGUGGACCUGUUAACUCUACCUCCUCUACCUUAGUGGACAGCCUCAAAUUUGCUUCUGUGCAGCAACAACCAUCAACCCCCCAAGGGAAUGGCCACAAAGAGACUAGCAAAUCAAAAGUGAAAAGGAGCAAAACUUCUAAGGAUUCUAAUAAGCUAUUGCCUUCUGCAUCUUUGUAUGGGAUUCCAGAGAUUAGCAGCAGUGCUGGCAAAAGGCAGCAGGAGGCAGGACGCUUUGGGGAGGUGGCAUCCACAGUUAGCAUGAGUGCAACACUGUGCCAUGGUACCAAUGGAGUUGGCCUUACUGGUAACCCAUCUUGUGGGAAAAGCAUCAAAGAAGAAAAAACAGGGGGAAAAAAUCAGAGCACCAGGGGCUCAAAAAGGGAUAAAGAGUCUGGAAAGUCAAGAAAGGACAACAGCAACAAGUUAUAUGACAUUGGGCAUCCUAACACUGGAGUAAACAGCCAAGCAGUCGUGCAUUUGUAUGGAUUUGGAAGUGGCAAGGCCUCUGGGAAUGUCAGCCCUUUUCACUGUGGCAAUAGCUUGGCUGGAGAGUUAACAAAAAAUGCACUUGAUUCAGGGAAUAUGGGGAACACUGCACUGGCUAAAAAAGAAGAGGAGGAUGAAGAAAGCCAUAGGCGAAACAAGAAAUUAAAGACUGAAAAGACUGACCCCCUGUUUACAGUGCCUGCACCUCCACCACCUGUUUGCAGCAGUGUCUCUCCACAGAUCCUGCCACCCUACUUUUCUCCAUCAUCAUCAUCAACUAUUGCUGCACCAGUGGAACAACUUUUGGUACGAACCCGGUCAGUGGGUGUAAACACUUGCGAUGUUGGAGUAGUAACGGAACCAGAAUGUCUUGGACCUUGUGAACCUGGAACUAGUGUUAACUUGGAAGGCAUCGUCUGGCAUGAAACUGAAGAAGGUGUCUUAGUUGUGAAUGUCACAUGGCGAAACAAAACAUAUGUAGGAACCUUGCUGGAUUGCACAAAACAUGACUGGGCCCCCCCAAGAUUCUGCGAUUCACCUACAAGUGACCUUGAAAUGCGUGGAGGCCGUGGCAGAGGAAAAAGAUCAAGAUCAGCAGCUACAGCAACAGUGGCACCUCCUGGGACUGAGUCAACUUUCACAGAAUCUAGAGGGCUUCAAAAUAAAAACAGAGGAGGAGCUAACGGCAAAGGAAGGCGUGGCAGUAUUAAUACAAGUGGGCGCAGGACACCCCCAAAUUGUGCCAUGGAGGAUGUUAAAACAAGUCCUUCACCUGCUGGAAAAAGGAAAAGCAAACCCCCAAUGGAGCUAGACCUGAAUUCCAGUUCUGAGGACAAUAAAUCUGGCAAAAGGAUCAGGACAAAUUCUCGAAGCACUCCAACAACCCCACAAGGAAAAAAUGAGACUUCUUUUUUGGACCAAGGCUGCUCUUCUCCAAUUCUAAUAGACUGUCCACAUCCAAAUUGCAACAAAAAGUACAAGCACAUCAAUGGACUACGGUAUCACCAGGCACAUGCACACUUAGAUCCCGAAAAUAAACUGGAGUUUGAGCAGGACAGUGAGGAUAAAGUUUCUGACUGUGAGGAAGCACUAAGCAAUGUGGCACUUGAAUGCAAUGAGUCAAGCACAAGUUUGGAUCAGUUAAAAGCACCCACAUCUCCAAGUUCACACUGUGCCCCAGGCACACCAAAGAGCAAAAGAGAAUUAGCAAAUAAUGGUCCAAAUCAGAUUGGAAAUCCUAAAAGUGGCAAAAAUUCUGGAAAAAAGAAAGGUUUAAAUGUUGAACUAAGUAGUCUACCUGUGAUUUCUAACAUGGCAGCCACGCUGGACAAUUGUUCAACAUUAGACAGUACCUUAACAGUAGAAAUGCCAAAACUUGAAGCAGAAGGAAUUAUUGACAAGAAAACUGUAGGCGAGAAAGACAAAACUAAAAAAGCCAACAACUGCAAAAUUGAUAAAAAUCUUUCAAAGCUCAAAACUGCUCGGCCCAUUGCACCAGCCCCAGCCCCAGCCCCAGCCCCAGCCCCUACACCUCCUCAAUUAAUCGCUAUCCCCAGUUCAGCAUUUACAAACACUAAUACAGGGACAAUACCAGGAUUACCCUCUUUAACAACUGCUGUUGUCCAGGCAACACCAAAGAGUCCUCCAUUAAAGCCUAUUCAACCAAAGCCUACUAUUAUGGGAGAGCCAAGCACUGUAAAUCCUUCUCUCUCAUCCCUCAAGGACAAAAAGAAAAAGGAAAAAAGAAAACUAAAGGAGAGAGAAAGUAAAGAGGCUGUAAGCCCUAAAACAGACUCCAAAAUUUGUAAAGUAGAGGAUUCAAAAGGAUCUGGAAAGGAUACGCCUGGGCAUUUUUUAAAAGAUCAUUUGAGCAAGAGUGAAGCACUUGCCAACGGAUUAGGAGAAACUCAAGAGAGCCGUAUGGCAAGUAUAAAAGCAGAGGCAGAUAAGGUCUAUACGUUUACGGAUAAUGCACCAAGCCCUUCUAUUGGAAGUGCCUCUAGAAUAGAAUGCAGCACUGUGAUAAAUGGACAAUCUCCUAUUGCACCGUUGCAUGUUUUGACACAAAAUGGAGGUGAUAGUUCUGCUACCAAAACAAACAGCCCAGCAUACUCUGAUAUUUCGGACGCUGCUGAUGAUGGGGGUUCUGAUAGCAGGUCAGAGGGUGUGAGAUCAAAGACCAGCUCUCCAUCUGAAAUUGUUUGUAAUAAAGACAAUGUUGUUAAGGGACCCUCCACACCUAUACAGCAAUCAUCUCAAGCAAAAGAAUCUCUUUCACCAUAUUACCAUGGUUAUGAUCCAUACUAUUCGCCUAAUUAUGUGCACUCAGGACAGAUCAACAAUUCUGCGACUGGCAUUUCUAAUUCUGCACAGGUAAUGAAAAACAAAAAAGACACUGAAGAAGAAACUGAGAAAAAAGAAAAAACUGAAAGUUCAGAUUGCAAAAAGAAUGAAGUAAAUACCAGUAAUUUGCCACCUCAACAUCAGUCUGUUAUCACGCAACGACAUCCUGCACUAGCUCAGUCACUUUAUUAUGGACAAUAUGCAUAUGGACUUUACAUGGAUCAAAAGUCUUUAAUUGCUUCAAAUCCUGCCUAUCGGCAACAAUAUGAAAAGUACUAUGAAGAUCAGAGAAUGGCUGAGCAAAAAAUAGUGCAGACCAGCAGAGAAUGUGAUAGGAAAAUAGAAAACCCUUCAAAGGAACUAGUGAAAGAGGAGAAGCUGAAAAACAUGCCAACGGCUACUGUUUCAAAAGCACCUUUAACACCAGAACCUGGUAAAGUUAACCCAAAAAUUGGAAUUGUUAAUAAAUCAGACGAUUCUGGAAAAUCCCAGAUUCUAUCUAACCAUCAGCAGCUUCAAUGUGACAGUUUCAAAGCAAAGCAAAUGGAAAAUCAUCAGCUCAUAAAAGAAGCCGUAGAAAUGAAAUCUGUUAUGGACUCAAUGAAACAAACAGGGGUGGAUCCCACCAUGAGAUUUAAGCAGGACUCUGACUCGAGAUCAUGGCAUCAUUACAUAUACCAAUCAAAGUACCUCGAGCAGCAGAAAUCAGAGGAAAUGGACAGAGAAAAAAAGAUAAAAGAGGAUAACCUGAGAAAAACACCCAAUAAAGAGAGUGUUCAGCCAGUUGCAUUACCUAUUAUGAAAGAAGAGAGCAAAGAGGUGAAACGCCCAGAUUCUCAAUUAAUAGAAGAGGGCAAAAACAAGAAUGAAGACCGAAAAACUCCUGUAAAUUGGAAAGACUCCAGAAAUGCUAGAGUUGCAGUGUCCUCUCCAAUGAGUCAACAUCAGUCGUAUAUUCAAUAUUUGCAUGCCUAUCCAUAUACCCAGAUGUACGAUCCAAACCAUCCAGCAUAUCGAGCAGUGUCUCCUGUUUUAAUGCAUAGUUAUCCAGGGGCUUAUCUUUCUCCAGGCUACCCUCACUACUCAGUAUAUGGGAAAGUAUCAGGACGAGAUGAAACUGAGAAAGCCAGCACAAGUCCCAGCAUUAACUCCAAAUCAGUACCAGAAUCAAAAGCAUUAGACUUGCUCCAGCAGCAUGCUAAUCAAUACCGCACCAAGUCCCCUGCUCUGGCUGAAAAAGCCACAACGGAGCGAGAACGAGAAACUGAAAGGGAGAGGGAUCGGCAUUCACCUUUUGGGCAGCGGCAUCUUCAUACUCAUCACCAUACACAUGUUGGAAUGGGCUAUCCAUUAAUUCCUGGGCAAUAUGACCCAUUUCAAGGGUUGACAUCUGCUACCCUUGUUGCCACUCAGCAGGUGGCUGCUCAGGCAUCUUCCUCCGGUAUGUUUCCUACACAAAGAAGGGAAUGAAUACAUAGAAAAUGUACAUUAAGUCAUGUGACUGGAUCACAUGGGAGAGUGCUUUAUUACAGACAUCAGUUCCAUGGUGUUUAUCUUUAAUGCCUAAAUGGCAGGCAAAAAGUCAUUUCAUUUUUGUAAAUUGCAGAUUUUAUAACAGAGUAACAUGUUCCUGUAAUUAGACGUCUGUGUGCAAGUACAGCAUAUAUAUCUGUAGGUAUAUGUAUGUACGCAUCAGUAUGUUUGUAUUGUAUAUUUACAUGCACACAAAUAUAUAUUAAUAAAUAUAUAUAUAUAUAUAUAUAUUCUUUACUUUUUUUUGUUUUUUUUUGUAUCGGUAACCAGGCUCGCACACCCAUAGGGGGGUCUGCUGCUAAUUUGCAAACCAAGCGGUAAAUUGAAAGUGUAUUUGUCAUGUUGGAAAGUGUUUACUACAAAUGGCUGUUUUCUUAUUUUCCCGAACGUGUAUAUAAUGUUAUGUAUCCAUGUGCCUGAAAUACUAAAAAAAUCUAAUCAUAUUGGCCAUAGACUCUAAAAGAGGCAGGCUGUCGUGACGACACUUUGGUACAAUGUAGAUGUCUAUAUGGUGGCUCCCAUUUAAGAUACAUCAGUGUAAAUGUUACUGUAAUAAUUGUUUUAUUGUAAUAGUGUAUUGUGAAAAUAUACAUAUGGAAGACAAAGGGUUGCCAGCACCAUACAAUAAUACUUUUGUACAUAAUGUAUAAAUGGAAAAAAAAAGAAAACAAAAAAAAAAGUAAAUAAUGAACAUCUGUGAAUAAUGUGUCUCUUUUAAUCUUGAAUGGCCAAUAACCCAAUGACCUGCAUACCAGAAGACAUCUGUGAUUGUUCUAUUACUUGAAUAGUCCUGCAGUCUUUUUUAAUGUUUACAAUUAUCCUGUUUUAGAAGAGAAACUUAAAUGCCAUUGCCUGGUUACUUGUUUUAUGCUGUAAUCUAGUUUAUUUUAUGUAAAAUGUAUAUUGAAUGCUUUCAUUUUUAUACCUGCCUUAAAUAAUUUGGCAAUCAAAAUAAAAUAAGUUGUUUUUUU